CCUUUAAACGUGCUUCUGCCGUGUACAAAAAGAAGCAUAAUAAACCACCGGUUAUCGUUUACGAUAAUAUUAGCCGAUUGGUUCACAAAAAUUCGGAAAUCCUAGAUAUCCUUCAAGAUGAUGCAAAAGAUAAUGCCGAUGACAGAAAGUACAUCGCUGUAUUUGUCAGCAGUGAAGGUUCGGUGCCUAGAAGAAUGGAAUCACGUAGUGCCUGGUCACGAGCAGAUAAACCGGUGAUAGAAAUUGGCGAUCUCAGUGAAAAGGAAUCAAUAGAUUAUCUGGUCAACAAGCGCAAGAUCGUAGAAGAAGAAGCAAAAAAAUUAUAUGAAUUGGUUGGUGGGCGCAUUGUAGAUCUAAAGUCUGUGGCGAAUAAAUUUCUAGCAGGACAAUCUUUCAAAGUCAUUAAACAGCAAAUAUUAACUGAA